AUGGCGUCUGCCAACUUUUUGGAAGAAGCUCUUAAAUCAGACGUCGAUGAAUCUGCGGUGAAUGCCAUCGUCGGUACACUGGAAAACCAGCUGGACGUGAACGCGGACCUAGUGCAACAAGUCGGGAGCGUUGGCAAACCCGGUGCGUACGGGAGUGGCGUGAAAAAUCAAUCUAGUGCACCAGCAGCGGCCGCGGCGGCAAUCGUGUCAAAUGGCGGUACGGCAACAACCAGCAGCAGCAGCACAUCCACGGCAGCAACGACUACGACGGCCACUGAAACCCACGUCGCCGUUCCGCAGCACCACCAAGAGUCCCAAAGCAGCAAGCCCGACAUCGGUGGCGCUGGCCUCCACCACGCUGGCCCCGUUACGAAUGGUGAAAUCAUAGUGUCCCAUGCAGCAGUGAACGUCAGUAACAGCAACAACAACAACAACAACAACAAUACUAUUACGACCAAUAACAACCUUGGCAAAACGUUUCUAGUGAACGCUAGUGUGAACAGUAGUACGAUAACGACCCCAACGGUGGCUAAUAAGCCCACCAUCAAGCUGGUCGGUGGUGGUGUGGUGUCGUUGCCAGGCAGCGUUAGCCUGCAGCAGCAAUCGCAACAUCCGCGAAACACGGUUUCCUCCACGGUGAUUGCUGGUGGCGGAGGUUCCACCGGCGGAGGAGGAGGAGGAAACAUCAACAUCAUCAGCCACCAGAUCGUCGUGCCUCCGGGUGGCCACACUGUGUCCACCGUGGGGCAGCCCCCUCCGCCGUUCAGCGUUCCUCCGAGCCAUCAUCUCCAUCAUCAAGUAUUGACAACGUCGGCCAGCAGCAUCGGAGGCGGCGGCGGAACCAUCGUUUUCAGCAGUAGCAACCAUCAGCAGCUUCAAACGGCGUCGAAUAUGCCAAAGAAUGAGCCUGUGAAGCUGGUCUAUCCUGCUGGCGGUCCGCAACCGGCGGUGCUCAAUAUGAACAACAAUCGCGUGACGCUCACCCAGUCCGGGUUGCCCAACGGGACCAUUUCGAUGUCCCAGCAGCCGCAGUUGAUUCAGACGACCAGCCUCGGCGGCCAACUCGGCAAAGCGACGGCGACGCUCCAACAGCAGCAGCAGCAAGUAGGCGGUGCCGGGCAGCCGGCGCCAACGUUAAUAAUCAAAAACCAGCAAACCAACGCGGUCAUGAAUCCUGGCACGCCGGGCAUCGUGACGGUUUCGAAGCCGAUGAACAAUCAGGCAACACCAAACAUAGUCGGUUUACCGGGUGUACAAAUUGUAAAUGUUAGACCUGGCGCACAACCCUCACAAGCACAGCAAAAAACUGUUGCCGCUGUAUCACCUAGAGUUGUCAUUGGUAGCCAGCCAAUAGUUAGUACUAGACCACCAAACGCAAGCGCUAUCACAUUAAGUGCCCUUCAAGGACAGCAAGGCUCGACGCUACUACUGAAGAAUGAACAAGGCCAGUUCCAGCUGCUCCGGAUUGGUCCGGCCCCGACCGGAACACAAAUCACACCCGCCAAUCUGACGGCAUCGUCCGCCAAUCAAACGAUACGGUUGCAAACUGUACCAGCUACGCAUUCAUCCGGUUCCGGCGCGAUUAUCGUAAGCUCACAGUCGAUCACGACGGCGCCGGCGAGCUACAUCUCAACGCAACCAACUCCGGUCGCUUCGGUGGCCCCGGUACCGGCUCUGGCGGCCCAGCAAAAUAUCACCAUUACGCACUCGUCGGCGCAGCCGAUGCUUGCUACGCAGCAGCAGCACACCGUGGCUGGUGGUGGCCAGCACCAGACGCAGCAACCGACCGUCGUCGUGACUACGACCACGCCGGCAGCUACGCCUACACCGCAGCAGCGAAACUCCUUAGAUAAUACCAAAGAAAAGUGCAGCAAGUUUUUGACCAACUUGAUCGAGCUCUCGAAGCGCGAACCGGCCAAGGUGGAGCAGAAUGUGCGAACCCUGAUACAGGAGCUGGUGGACGCGAACGUGGAUCCGGCGGAGUUUUGUGAGCGACUCGAGCGGCUACUGAACGCCAGUCCGCAGCCUUGCUUAAUUGGUUUCUUAAAGAAAAGUCUACCACUGCUACGGCAAUCGCUAGUAACUAAAGAGAUUACGAUUGAAGGUAUCAACCCACCCUCGGCAUCAGUAGCUUUCGCUGGCACCGCCUUAUCCCAAAUUCCCGCCCAAAUACGGCCCGUAGCGCCGACGAUUGUGUCGCAGAGCGGUAUGGUCGGUCAGACGCAGAUUCGCAUGCUAACAUCGCAGUCGGGAAUGACGACCGUACCGCGAAUCGGUCAAACCACCAUCCGACCGGCGGCCCCGGUGCGAAUACAAACGCCGCUGCAGCAGCAAACGACGAUAACCGGAGGUGGGGCCACGAUCGUUGGACCUCCACGGACAACGAUGACGGCCCAGCAGAUACGACCAAACGCGACGACCAUUGGCCACACGACGAUCGUGCAGACGAGUCAGCAGCAGCUACCGCAAACCAUCUCCACAACACCUCCCGCCUUGCUACCGAUCCGUGCACCUUCCGGCACGUCGAUAACGCGCACGGGGGCCACCCUGCAGAUACGCACCACGACGCCGGUCACGUCGCGUACCGUUACGUCGGUCGGUGGGACGACGUUGACGGCGGCGGCAGGCAAACAGAUCCUUCAAACGCAAGUUAAUCAAAUCCGCGGCCAAGCACCGGUGGCCUCGGUAGCGGCGGUGGCAGCAGCCGCUGCGGCCGCCGCCUCGGGCUCGUCGGCGACACAGGUUAAACAAGUGACAGCAAUUACCGGCGGAGGGAACGUGGUGGUUAGUUUGAACCAGGUUCCGCCUCCGAUGCAACCGGUGUCCGCAUCGGGCGCAUCUCUUAUCGGUAGCGGUGGAAGUUCGGCGGUGAGCGGAGCGCAGACCAUGCCUGCGCUGACGUUGACGUCCGCGGCAGCGACUGCGGCGGGGUUUGGUGCGAGUAGUGUCACCGGCGGUGGUGCCGUAGCGGCCACGGUCGUUGUCAGUUCUUCGCCCUCAGUGACCGCUGCUACGACGCUGGUGGCAGCAGGGGCUUCGAUCGGUGGUGCACACCUGGUUGCGACUGGCACUGCCACUACCACCACCUCUGGCGGAACGGCGACAGCACCUAGCCUUACGAUUAAUAAAAUUGUCACCGCCAAAUCGCAGAACCUCUCGGGGGUCGGAUCAGCGGCGUCCAAAAAGAAAGCGAGCGGGUCCGCGGCAACAUCAUUGGGCGGCGGCGCUGGUACGGACCAGGAAGUGAGCAAGCGGGCGGGAGCAUCGGCACAGUCGCAGUUCUACCAUCACCACGCGUCCAUGUACGGCGAGGACGACAUCAACGAUGUGGCCGCUAUGGGGGGCGUCAAUCUGGCGGAGGAAACGCAGCGAAUCCUCGGUUCUACCGAGUUCGUCGGCACGCAGAUCCGGUCGUGCAAGGACGAGGUGUUUCUGCACCUGCCGGCGCUUCAGUCGCGCAUACGCACCAUCAUCGCCCGCCACGGUCUUGAGGAGCCGAGCAACGAGGUGGCGGUACUAAUAUCGCACGCCUGUCAAGAGCGCCUCAAGAACGUCGUCGAAAAGCUUGCCAUCGUCGCGGAGCAUCGGAUAGAUAUUAUUAAGGUUGAUCCACGGUACGAAGUCACGAAGGAUGUGAGAGGACAGAUAAAGUUUCUGGAAGAGUUGGACAAAGCGGAACAGAAGCGCCACGAGGAGCAGGAGCGCGAGAUGCUAAUGCGGGCGGCCAAAUCCCGCUCGAAAACCGAGGAUCCCGAGCAAGCCAAACUGAAGGCGAAAGCAAAGGAAAUGCAGCGAGCGGAAAUGGAGGAACUGCGGCAACGGGAUGCUAACCUUACCGCCCUGCAAGCCAUUGGUCCGCGGAAGAAACCGAAGCUAGAGGAAGGAUCAUCCACAUCUGCCACCCCGGGAGUGUCUGGUAUUGGGUCACUGAGUGGGAAAACGCCCACCCCGCUGCGGCCACGGAUCAAGCGAGUGAAUCUGCGUGAUAUGCUGUUCUACAUGGAGCAGGAGCGGGAAAGCUGCCGAAGUCAGAUGCUUUACAAAGCCUACCUCAAGUGAUCGAUCGUGUUGAUGACGGUGGUUGUGGCAUGGUUGCUGCAAGCCAGUCCCGUUUGGGCAGAUCGUCGAAGCCGGGCUGGCGGAGAGAGGCUCUCGGGAAAGCGCAACGAAGACGAAGACGAAGGUACUAAAAUUAAUAGAAUUAGAUUUUCAAUGAAGCACGAUGCUCUUUGUGUCAGCUGAUCGUCAUGCGAGCAACCAACAGCGGGAUGCAAUUGCGUUCAGGUUCGUUUUGUGCGCGUGUGUUUGGGUUGCGUGCAUUAGUAACGAGACUCAGUUGUGCUGUUUCUGCUGUGAGAGCAAGGUGGAGGAGGAGGGAGAACCGAAAGAACAGAAAGAACUUGAAAAUAAAUUGCAAAUACACGGACACAGCAGUCAGAAGCUCCCCAUUUUGGUUACGCGCUGUUUCGUCGAUCAGCGCAACGAUCGAAAUAGAAACUGGUAGAGAAAACUUGUACAGAAAAUAGUAAGCUAGAUACUGCAAAUGGUUAUAAAACACCGCGUCGGGAAAUGGGGAAUAGAUUGGUAAAAGCGUGUGCGCUUAUUUGUGUAAGUGCGUGGAGCGAAAUAGCAAAAGGAGUCGUGGGAUAGAACUGAUUUUCUAUGUUUUAAAUGAUAGGAUUCCUAAACGCUCCUUUAUCUGCGGUUGUUGUGUGAUGGUCGCUGGUGGUGCUCUCGACAGCAGUGGCAACCAAGGAAUGUCUCUGUCGCACUGGGAAACAAUUGGUAUGAUCCUAUAUAGAAGCGCGAGGGCUGCGAAAGUUCAUCGAGGAUCAUCGAAGAUUCAUCGAUAUUUUGGAAUUACUAACCAUUUAUCAAUACCCCAGCCUGUCCGCAGGGCAUGAAAAGCAGCGCGCAGAUUGGCUUGCGGCGUAAAGUAAAAUCAGACUGACCGGCGGUCGUGUCUGCUGGUCAAAAAUGGGUACUUCAUGAAACUCUGAACAAUAUUGGAAUAAUUUACUUGGUUUGAAGUCAUCGUUGAAAACACUUUUUUCUAAACGAGUUCUGAUGCUAACGUUUUUUUGCGAAUCGACGACAAUACGCAACGACAUUUUCAAAGAUGGUGCAGCACGACAAUGUGUACGAGUAUGGGAUCCACUGAUUGGAACAUAUUUUCUUCGGUUGUUCGGUCACAAUUAGGCAACACACUUGACCUGUGGAAAGUAAGCAUGCGUAAUUGUGGUGUAGUAUAUGACCUGCAGCAGCUCGCGUUCGUGUGCUUGUGAUAGCUUCGGGGUCAGUGUGUGAUGUGUGUGUGAGUGUGUGUGGUUGCGCGUGUAAAUAGAUCGAAUUAAAUUUUACGACAGCUAUAAUAGUGAAAGAGGAUGAAAUUAGAACUAACAAAUCAUUAAGCGAAGCAUGUUAGGCUAGUCUCCUCUUUUUAGUUGAUUAUUAGUUAAUGAGCUUCGUUAAAAUAUAUUUUUCCUAGAGCUUGUAUUUACACGGAAAAUGUGUCCAUUGGUCAGCGCGCCCCGCCAGAAAAGUAGAAAGAUCAUCGCUCAGUUUGCAUUCAAGUUCAUUACAUUUUUCCACUUCAAUCAAAGGUUUGCUGACAGAUAGUUUCUUAUUAACUUAAUUGAACCGCGACUUGCCUCGAUGUUCGGAUCCGGGUGUUUGUUAUUCUUUUGUCACAAUUCCAGACCAAAUAAAACUGGGAGCUACAGUAAAACCACAUCAAAAUGCUGCGCCACUCAAUGAAGAAGAACCCACUCACACACACAUAGGCGCGUGAACAUCGAGUGAUAUGAAGCGCGAUCGGAAACACAGAACAAAUAGACAUAAUAACAUAGAGAAGUGGAAAACAAAUAGGUAAAAGUUGCCAAGUUCAAAAGUAGAAGGCAAGCAAAACUCUGGUGUCUAGUAAUUAAGGUGGAGACCUCUAGCGAAUUAAGAGACAGAAACGAGCGACACAGGCACUGGGAGAGUGAUGGAAGGGCGAACAGGGAAACAGAACUUUGUCUUAAGAAAGGAUUUUUUGUGACAAGAAGAAACAAAAGAAUACCACGUGUUGCUGUUGCGGCAGGUGAAAGAUUCCCAAGUCACUGUUAUUCUGUUAGCUCUAACACUUGUUUUGUAAUUAUUCUUUUAGCUAACGGGGCGAUACGCAAGGAAAAAAGGGGUACAUCAGCGCGCGCGAAGCAUUAUUCACCACACUCCAAGCAGUUUCUUCCUUCCGCUUUUCGUAGCAUUUCGCACGUGCUGCAUCUUUUGUCUGUUUAUAGAGCUAUUAUUUAUAUAACAGUAUGGGUGUACAUUUUCGACCAAUUAAACUUUGUAGUUACGAAACAAUAACGAGAUGCAGAGCGAGAGAGCGAAAGAGAGAGAUAUGGUACGUGUUGUGUGUGUGUGUGGUCAUACAGAAGCAGCGCAUGAAAUUUAGCAUAUCUUGUGGAGGACGAUUGUUGUUUUGCUGCGCAUCUCUUGUGUUCAUCGUCUUCUGUUUUGUUGAUUGUGUUUCAUGUUUUCGUUAUUUUUAGUUUUCUCAUAUACGUAAUUUUGUGGCGCUUUUUUGCGCGCAAGAAAAGUGAAAAAGAGUGAGAGGAAGAAACGGUUCCGUGGAGAAGCAAUGUGUGUG